AAAAUGGAUUUGUCAAGAUUAAUAAGGUUCAUUCUGCGAAUCCUCAUAGUUGCGAUCGUAAUCCAUGCUUCCAUCAGGGUCAUAAAUGAUCAAGGCAAGAUUAAAUACAAUCAAAAUUCCGAAAUAAAGGCCCAAGUGGACAUGAACACAGAUAUGCUAAAGGAGAAUAAUAAAACUGCUCAAAAUAUGGCAAUAAAUCAAACCAGAGCAUCUAAUUCACCAGAGGUUACUGUAAAUAAUUCAACUGAUCCUAUUGACCCUCCAAUUGAAAAGAAAGAAAAUACAAUGAAAUGAGAAAACAACAGAAAAGCUGAAAAUAAUACUCAGACUGAGACGAAAGAACAAGAAAAAGAUACAGAGAACAUAGAAGACAAAGAGCCUAAAAAUGACCAACCUAAAGAUAAUAAGAAAAAGAAACUGAAGACAGGAAGGGUAACUAUAGAUACUAGUAAAACUAAAACUAAAACCUCCUCAAGAAAGAAAAGUAAAAAUAGAAAAUCAAAGCAAAAUACCAAAAGUUCAUCAAAGCAAACGGUAAAAGCCCCAAAUGUGAAUAAUACAAACUCCAGCAAUAAGUCACAGAUUAAUACAGGCUCAGAGGAUGCACUGAACAAGACUACAAAGGAUAACAAUCAGACUACCGUACAGCCAAGCACAGAAUCUUUACUUCCGAAAUUCCAGAAUACCUCCUCAGAACCUAAGGGCUUUAGCAACAGAACUUCUCUAUUUGAAGAGAGAAUAGUCUUUCUCAACCACACAUUUACAAAAGUCCAAGACUACAUCUGAUCUAUCUUUGGUGUUCGAUCAUGCUCUCUAACAAGGCUCCUCUUUGAAAGAAUACUGGCAAAUGCUGAUAAACUAACUCUCUUAUUCGCGUACUUUCAAAUCCUCCUCUGAAUUGCUGUAAUUAUAAACUGUAAACAAGCAGCCUUAUCUCUCAACUCCAGCUUACUAAUCACAAGUCUAUUCUCCCUAAAACUGCCCAUAUUCUGAACCUCAUACCUCAACACAAAGUACCUCCUCCUCCUCCUAAUCCUCUUCUCCACGCUCGAAAUAGUCGCCUUCUCCUGGAGAACCUCCAUUCCAAAACCCCCUGGCUUGACUCCUUUCCUCAACUGCCCGAAACCUACUGUAAAAGAAGAGAUUAGGAAGCCUGAUGCCCACAAAGCUCCAGAACUUGAAAGAAAUUUAUAA